AAUAUAAUCUCAGUUUACGAUGCAGAACGACGCUUUUUUCUUGUCAAAUCUUUAUUUUAUUGGAAAAUACAUCAAUUAAAUGUAUUUUUGUCACAAUUUAUGGUGACUGGGAUACUCUUAAUUUUUACCGAAAAUUGUGCUCUUAUCUGGUCUUUACAUUUAAUUGCAUAAAUCUGUUAUUUGUUAAUCUAAGUGGUUAUUGAAAAUAUUAUUAUUAUGACUACCGACGUAAUGGUAACAUUAAAAGAGCCAAGAAUGAUAAAAAUAUGUGCCCCGAUGGUCAGAUACAGCAAGCUACAAUUCAGAACACUUGUGAGACGAUAUGGAUGUGACAUAUGCUUUACACCCAUGAUUUUAGCAGAUUCAUUUGUACAAUCUUCAAAAGCUAGGGAUAAUGAAUUUACCACGCACGAAGGAGAUGAGCCACUAAUUGUUCAAUUUGCAGCUAAGACUGUAAACGAUUUUGUUAGUGCUUCAGUAAUGGUUGCACCAUAUUGCAAUGGUGUAGAUCUAAACUGUGGCUGCCCACAGCGUUGGGCCAUGCAAGAAGGUUAUGGAGCUGAUUUAUUAAAAAAACCAGAGCUCGUUAAGGAUUUGGUGUAUCAAGUUAGAAAUCGUAUUCCAAAACCGUUCACUGUUUCUGCAAAGAUACGACUGUUGAAAGAUAUACGUAAGACGAUAACAUUGUGCCAAACUUUGGAAAAGGCUGGUGCCUCGUUCUUAACAAUUCACGCAAGGACACCUGAGAUGCGUAAUGAACCAAUUGAUUUGAAUAACCUUAAACUUCUCAGAGAUUAUGUACAGUUGCCCCUCAUAGCAAACGGUGAUGUAAAAAGCUUAGAAAAUGCAGAAUUUUUAUUCAAAGAAUCCAGAUGUGAGGGGGUAAUGUCUGCUAGGGGUAUUUUAACUAAUCCGGCGUUAUUUUCGGGAUAUCCUGUCACUCCACUCGUUUGCGUUCAAGAUUGGCUGGACAUUACAUCGACCAUGUCAACUGAAUUUCAAUGUUUCCAACAUCAUCUGGUAUUUAUGUUGGAAAAGAUCUUGCCGAGGAAAGAUCGAGUGUUAUUUAAUAGUUUACAAAAUAAAUCAUCUGUUCUGGAGUUUCUAGAGAAUUAUUACAACAUAAAACCAAACGCAUCUAAUUUAACAGAAUUGACUAGGUGUAAUUUUAGUACCUCGCAUGUAACAUGUAAAGAAAAAUAUAUUAAUUGUUGGGAGGAUGAUUCUACUGAUUUUCUAGGAUGUAUUUUUAAUAUGGAUUCAUAAAGGAAAGUUCAAGGAAACGUUCUCAAGCUGA